AUGAAGAUCGAAAUAGAGACACUCCUUAUUUAUAAGUCACUCUUUCAGCUUGAUGUUGAUACGAUUGAUCGAUUAAACAGCCGAUAUACUACAUUGGCAUUGAUCGGUUGUUUCUUGAUUAUAUUGGGAAAAAUUUAUGUAGGAAAUCCAAUCAAUUGUUGGGGACCAACGCAAUUUCAGAGUGUUCAUUUUACUUAUGUUAAUAGUAUUUGUUGGCUCAAGGGAACUUAUUAUUUACCAACUAAGGAAAUUGAAAUUCCUGAUCGAUCCGUACCACGAAUGUAUCACGUAUCUUAUUACCAGUGGACGACAAUAGCUCUUUUGCUGAUGGCUUUUCUAUUCACAUUACCAGGUCAUACGUGGCAAACAUUUUCAUCUCAAAGAGGUGUAAAUUUGAAAAAUUUGGUCAAAAUGGUAAAAGAAAAUCGUCAUAGCAGAAAGGAACUCGAUUACGUUCUUCGAUUGAUCAAAGCACAACUGGAUAUAACUAGAAUUAAACGUUCACGUACUCUUUCUCAUCUAAAAUGUCGAGUAGUAAAUCCUAUGGGUCGGCUAACAUUGUUAUUAUUCAUAGUCAAGUUUUUUUAUAUCAUGAAUACACUGGGUCAACUACUAUUUUUAAUCAACUUUCUUUCUUUACGACGUACUGAUCUUAAUGGUAAUAUUAUUGGUCGACUAUUCGGAGACCGAAUGUAUACCUACGAGUCUGCUCGAUUUCCGCAUGUUGUUAUAUGUGAUUUUAUGAUUCGCGAAUUAGGCUCCAAUCAACAUUGGUAUGCUGUUCAAUGCAAUUUGCCAAUUAAUAUUUACAAUGAAAUGAUCUUCUCUGUACUCGUAAUAUGGUUGAUUAUUCUGAGCAUUGCAAAUAUAUUUUCUAUUAUUUUCUGGAUUUUUUUAUUGACAAAGAAGAAUCGAAAACGAUUCAUUAUUCAAUGCUUGCAAAUGUAUGAAAGUGUGGAAACAAAAAUGAUGAUCAAUAAGAAGAGCUUGACAGAAAGUCAUUUUAUUGACUAUAUAGGUUUAGAUGGCUUUGUUAUUCUACGCGUUAUUGGACAGAAUAUUAAUGAACUCUGCAUGAUUGAAACUAUGAGUUAUCUCUAUAAACAUUAUAAAGGAAAUCUUGGUGACGUUAACGAUCAGUCUGAAGACCAUAUUGUGUAG